CAAAAAAACUAAGCACUUCAAGUCACGUUCAUUCAGUCGUUUACUGCUGCACUUCUUCAAGGGUUUUCGAAAACCCUAAAUCUCCAAUCUCCAGUCUAGUUGACGGCGGCGACCAGCGUCUUCCGCGGCGACCAGCGUCUUCGGCGGCGACCAGCGUCUUCGGCGGCGAGCAGCACUGCGACGGCGAGCAAUAUCGUCUUCGGUGGCGAGCAGGAUGACAGGUUAAGAGAGAAGGCAGUUUUCAUCCAAUUUCACACAAGUCGCAACACCUUAGAGAGUAGAGACAGCGUUGAACCCUAGGGUUUUAGCACUAAAGCAAAAACCCUAACCGAAAAUCUAUUUUUCGCUAUUCCCAACUUCCACUACUUGUUCACAUCGAAUUGUUUCGUCAGAAUCACCUCAAGUAAUGGGAUCGAAGAACAAGAAAGCGAACAAAAAAGACGCCGGAGAUUCCUUCGGCGCCGGUGAGAAUCAUAAUGGUAAAAAUAAAGAUAAGAAGAUGAUUGACGAUCCACGAUUUUCUAGGGUUCACUCCGAUCCAAGGUUCCAGAAAGUUCCGAAGCGAACAUCGAAGGUUGCAAUUGACUCUCGAUUCAACGAAAUGUUCACUGACAAGCGUUUCGCGAGCUCCUCAGCGAAGGUUGAUAAGCGCGGAAAAGCUAAAAAGCAGUCGGAAAACGCUUUACUGCGAUACUAUCACUUAGAGGAGGACAACAAAGAAGUUGAAGAUGAAGCGAAGAAGAAGAGUGUGAAGAAUGUGGAGGAGGAAAGUGAAGGAAAUAGCAGCGAGUCUUUGGCUUCUGAGUCUAGUGGUGAUUCAUCUGAGUCGGAAUCGGAGCCAGGUUUGGAGAGUGACGAUGAUCUUAGCUCGACGACUGGUAGUGAUGAUGAUGCUGAUACGUCGGGAGAUGAAUCUUCAGAUGUGGAGAAUGUACCUCUUAUUGAGCAAGAAACUCAUAGAUUGGCGAUUGUUAAUAUGGAUUGGAAUCAAGUGAAGGCUGUUGACUUAUUGGUGGUGCUGAAGUCAUUCCUGCCUAAAGAAGGAGUAAUUAAGUCCAUAGCGGUCUAUCCUUCAGAAUUUGGGCUAAAGCGUAUGGAAGAGGAAGCAGUCCGUGGUCCAGUUGCCUUGUUGGAAGAUGACAAGAAAAAGGAUGAUGAGGGUGUUGAUGACGAUGAAGAAGAUGACGAUGAAGAAGAGGACGAUGAAGAAGAGGACGAUGAUGAUGAUAACGAAAUAGGACCUGGAAAGCUGCGUGCUUAUGAAAGGAGUAGGCUAAGGUAUUACUAUGCCGUAGUAGAGUGUGAUUCUAUUGCUACUGCAGAUUACCUCUACAAAGCUUGUGAUGGGGUUGAAUUUGAAAGAUCAUCUAAUGUGCUGGACCUCAGAUUCAUACCUGAUUCUAUGGAAUUUCCACAUCCACCACGGGAAGUUGCUAAGGAGGCGCCAGCUGAUUAUGAGGGUUUAGACUUUCAUACUCGGGCUUUGCAGCAGAGCAAUAUAACUCUUUCUUGGGAUGAUGAUGAACCACACCGUGUGAAGAAAUUGGGGAGAAAAUUCAAUGACGACCAGCUAGCUGAAUUGGAAUUGAAAGAGUUUUUGGCUUCUGAUGAGAGUGACAGUGAUGAGGAUGAAGACUUAGGUGAGAAUGAGGAGAGUGAGGAUGAUGGAGAUCCCGCUCAUCAAGGAAAAAAACAAGCUGGGAAGAUAAAGGCUAGGAUGGCCAAGAAGGACAUGUACCGUGCCUUGCUUCAGUCUGGGGAUGGUUCUGAGGAAGAUGAAGGACAUAAUAUGGAGGUUACCUUCAACACUGGUCUAGAAGAUCUUAGCAAGAAGAUUCUUGAAAAGAAGGAUAAAGGGUCAGAAACUCUUUGGGAUGCUUUUCUCAGUAAGAGGAAAGAGAGAAAGAAAUCUAGGAAACACAGGUCGAAGAAUUCAUCAGAUGAUGAGACUGAUGAGAGCGAUCAAGAGCCUGUAGAACAACCAGAUGACUUUUUUGAGGAAGAGCCUUCAGUUUUGAGAAGCAAGAAAGUUACUAAUGAUAAGGAAAAGAGGGAAAAGAAACCUCUGGAAGAUGAUGAAAAGGCUGCAACUGCAGCAGAGCUCGAGCUAUUGCUUGCAGAUGAGAAGGGUGCAGACAAUAAUAUAAAGGGUUACAAAAUCAAACAGAAAAAGGAUAAGGGAAAGAAGGUUAAAGAGGCUUCUGGUGAAGACAAAUUACCAACAGUCGACUAUGAUGACCCACGUUUCUCAGCUCUCUUCACUAAUCCUGGAUUUGCUUUGGAUCCCACAGACCCUCAAUUCAAAAGGAGUGCAACUUAUUUUAGACAAUUGGUUCAACGGCAACAGAGUGACAAAGAAGAGCCAGUGGAAACAUCAAGGCCAAGUUUAAUUGAUUCUGCUAGGAAAGAAGAUGAGAAGUCUGUUACUACAUCUCGAAAGGAGAAGUUCGAGCUAGCAUCGAUUGUAAAAUCCAUAAAGAUGAAGUCUCAGCAGCUUCCUAAGCCUUCUAGUGUUAAAAUGAUUAAGGAUAAGGUAGAGAAUGGAUCAAACAUGAAGGAAAAGAAGCAUAAGCUAGAAGGCUUGGAUCGCAAAAUGAAGAAAAAAGCCAAAGUUUAAUGUAAGAAUAAAAUUUACAGAAAUUUUGAUAGUUAAUUCUUUUGUUUAAUUACAAAGUUGCUCUGCUUCAUAUUCUUUUGCAAGUGUAUUUAUUUGAAAACUAGGACCGUAGAUUGUUGAUAAUUCUGUUCCUGAAGGCUUCUAUAAUUGUCAUUAGAAUAGAACGUAAAAAGACACCCUAGUAUCGUAUUGAUGUUGUUUUCGCCAA